CGACCGGAAGAGAGUUUCUCCAGCGCUGCCUUCUUGUUACGGGCGAUGGUAUCCAGCUGCUGUUGAGAUAGCGGCGACGACGCCGGGCUGCUGGGCUCCUGUUCGACCUCCGAAGACUUUCUCUUCCGCUGCAUGAUUUUAGUCAAUUGUGCACAACGCAGAGCAGGUCCAAACAAGUCCAAGAAAGAAGGUUAAACUAGAAGUGGAGCAAAUGGUGGAUGCAGAGGAAGAUGAGUUCUCUGAUCCAGUUCCUUGGCAAAAAAUCGAAUCUGAAGGUCUGGACUGUGACUACGCUUUGCUCUUCACCAAAGAGGAAGCUGACCAUCUUUUUGUAAAACUGGAAGAGGAGGUGGUAUAUUCAAUAGGGGAAGAAGCAAAGGUGCAGGUGUUUGGGAAGGUGUACAAUAUACCAAGGAAGCAGGCCACCUAUGGAGAUACAGGACUAACUUACACAUAUUCUGGAGUGACACGUUUAGCCUGUCCAUGGACUCCCACUCUGGAAUAUAUCCGCAAUGCUGUCACCAAAACAACAGGACAUACAUUCAAUUUUGUCCUGGUCAACAGAUACAAAGAUGGGCAAGAUCACAUGGGUGAACAUAGGGACGACGAGAAGGAGCUGGACCCUCUCUGUCCCAUAGCCUCAGUCUCUCUUGGGGCCGCACGAGAGUUUGUCUUCCGCCACAGGGAUGCUCGUGGUAAACAGCGCUGUCGGCACAUUGAGCCCGUUAAGAUGGUGCUUGCUCAUGGAAGCCUGCUCCUGAUGAACUCCCCCACAAACACAUUUUGGUAUCACAGCCUUCCUGUUCGAAAGAGGAUCCUCCUGCCUCGCAUUAACCUCACAUUUAGAAGCAUACUGCACACCGGCAAAAAGUGAACCACUGACCUCUCUGCACCAAUUUCAUCUGUUUAUUAUAAACUACUCACACACCUGCAAAUAUAUAGCUUGCCAAAAAUAAAACAUUGACUUUA